CCCGUGAUUUAUGAGCAUCCCCUCCAUCUCUCUGACUUGACAUCUCCAUCAUCCAUCCUCUCAACCUUAGAAACCCCUCUCAUAGUUUUCCUUGUUGCUCCUUUUCUUGUUUCUUCCUCUUCCAGAAGCAAUAGUUCUUCCUACAUUCCAGCCAUCCGGCGAUCCUCUAGCUGCCGUCGGCAGUGCUUCCAUUUAUGCGUUGCACGACUCGCGCACUUGCAUCAUCCUGCCACUACCGCCGUUGACGUCCAACGCCAGAGGUUUGGGGCCACACAAUCAUAGCUAUUCUAUCUGUUCCUGCAUUUGUCAGUAUCGGAAUUCAGAAUUCCCUGUCGUCUGCCACGGAAGAAUACUUCUUACGACCUCGAGGUCUCCAGAGGCGGCAUCACCAAGAUCACCAGCACCACAUGGUUGAGGACUAUGCCUAAUUUAGAUACGCCCGGCUUUUCAAAAUAUCCAUUUAUUCAAGGCAUAUCCUGAAAAUACCAGUUGGCAUAUCAUCCCUUCACAGGCCCACACAGGCUGUUGGAUCUCCUCAGUCAACCGACGCCUUGGCCUAUAUGUCAGAGGCCCUCCACUGAUCCAUAUCAUUUAUCAAAUUUCCAACUUGACCGUUGAAAGCCACUUAGCUUGGUGGUUCUCCCGAGCUUCAUAUACAUCAAAUCAUGUCAUCUUCUACCAGAUCAACCACAGAGACACUUGUCAGUCCCAGGUCAUCAGCUUUCAUACCACGCCACCCACAAUCUGAAUAUGACCCAUCUCUCAGUGGAAACGAUAGAUCAAGAAUUUCCAUGUCAUCAACAGACACGAGAAAGUCCAAGAAGGAAAAGUCACGAUGGUUCACUCAAGUCAAGGAUUGGUUAUCAGUGGCUGAACCAUCAGCGCAAGCCAUGAGGGACCAGAAGAAGAACACAUACAGACGGCACAAUAUCGACAUGAAGGAUCCUCAAGCGGCAGUCAAGCUGCAUUUGCCUAUUGGCAAAAUACCCGACAACGCCAUCACUUCGACACGAGGACCCAGCCCCGAGAAGGCACUCGAGCGUGCACGGCAGCAACGAGAAGAGGCGCAGUCAUAUUCAGGGCUCAGCCAAGCGUCCCAUUCGGUGUCGAGUAGUAUCAGUACAGUCCCCAGUGCCAAGGAAUACAAUCCUGUUGCUCCCUGGGACACUUGAGGUCAGAAGCAAUAUUUGUGAUGGAGUAAUGUGUAACGAUGUAUGAAAUAAGGGGGUAAGGAUCUUUACGCUGUUUGAUUUCCUCCGUCGUAGAUGCUGGAAGUUCAUAUGGAAUGGGGUCAAAAACGAGAGAUGCAGAGAUACCCUGUCACGAUUGCGGGAAGAUGGAUAAUAUAUAGCGCGCUCAUUGUCUCGUUUCAUUUUGGUACUUAGGAUACAAAUUUAAUAAUAAUUUCGAGAGUAUGAAUUUGAUAUCAUUAUUACUCUUAAGUUGAAUUAGAAGAACUGUACCAAGAAGUGAUACUUUAAGCCACCUUGAUAUGGAAACGUGGUGGAAAUAGAGCACGGGUAGAGUAAUAAGCACCUACGCAUCCA